CUGUCGGUUUCUCUCAUGUGGUUGCGCCACCAUUCACCUCCGCCGCCAUUCCUUCUCCUCUGCCUCUCUACUUAUUCCUCCAUUCUGAUUUUCCACAUCACUUUCUGGUUUAGAGGAAGUACAACAUCAAACAGGAAGAAAAAAAAAAUGGAAUCGAUGUGUUGUGGUGAAACGAUCAGUAAGGUUGAUGAGAAGAUCUGCGUCGAUUGCAAGACCUCUAAAACGCCGUUGUGGAGAAGCGGUCCCUCCGGUCCCAAGUCGCUUUGCAAUGCUUGUGGAAUUAGGUACAGGAAGAAGAAGAGUAUAUCAGGAUCGGAGAAGAAGAAGAAGAAGAAAGAGAAACAGCCACCGUCGUCUCCGACGUCAUCAUCGUCAUGUUGUUCGACAGUGGGUGAAGAUGAUUGUGAUUUGAGGAGGAUAAAGCUGGUGGUGCUGUUGCAGAGUCAGAGGGAGAGAUGUGGGAUGAAGAAGGUAAGGAGAAACGAUUACAAUAAAUUAGGGGAAGUAGAACAAGCUGCUUUUCUUCUGAUGUCUUUGUCUUGUGGAUCAUCCCAGCUCUAAGGAGUAGUGAUUUUGGUAUAAAUGGUAAGUAGUAGUGGGUGUGUGUGUAGGGUAGGAAUCUCCCUUUCUAAAUUGGGGAGGAAACAUGUAAAUAUAAUUUACUACCAAAUUAUGAAUGGAAUGUGACUUCUUGAA